UGGGCGAGCACUUGCAUGCACCUUUGAUCAAUCAAAACACUCCCUAGACUCAAGUAACAAUCGCCAUCAUGGCGCCAGCAUCAACACUAGUCAACAAGCUCAAAGUGCAGCUGAAGCUGUCCAUCUCACGCCUACGUAUGGUCCAGCAAAAGGACACCGCAAUCGCCAAACAGCAACGUCGCGCAAUGGCCCAACUACUCGAACAAGGUAAAGAAGAAUCCGCACGUAUCCGUGUCGAAAACAUCAUCCGCAGCGACCUGACCACCGAACUCCUGGAAAUCCUCGAACUAUACUGCGAACUGCUGCUUGCUCGAGCAGGCCUUCUCGAAGCCAAAGAGUGCGAUGGUGGAUUGGAAGAAGCCGUGAAGAGUAUCAUCUUUGCCGCACCGAGGACAGAUGUCAAGGAGCUGCACAAUGUGAGAACCUUGUUGGCCGAGAAGUUUGGCAAGGAGUUUGUGCUGGAGGCUACCGAGAAUAGGGAUGAGAAGGUGGCCAAGCGUGUGGUGGAUCGUCUACGAGUUGAGCCGCCAAAGGCAGAGUUGGUCGAAGCAUAUCUAUCGACCAUCGCGGAUGCAUACAACAUCGACUGGCCAAAGGGCCGUCUAGCUGCCAGAGAAGCCGCCGCCAAGCAAGAGGAUGAGGACGACGAGGACGACGACAAUCCUAGCGGUGGUCAAAAGGUACCUGCGCUUGAAGCACCGGACGGAACAGAACCACUAGUCGCUGCCACCCCUCCACGAAGUCUGGGCAUGAAGAGUCCUGUCAGUGUGGUGCCGCCCAGUCCAUCAACCGACAACGUCUCUCCACGCAUCAAGUUACCAGGACCACCAGAUCUCAAACCUUCCGCCAAGAUGGUAAAGGCAAAUAAGCCCGACACGACGGGUCCUGGUGGCAAGAUUCCAGAUGUCAACGAAUUGGCAGCACGCUUUGCUCAGCUGAAGAGAUAGCGUCCUUCCUGUUUCUCCAUCUAAAGCACCAUAUGCCCAUCAUCGAGAUUGGGACCUAGCACUAAUACUAUCUAUCUCCUGUGCACAACUCCCUCUUAUGCCUCAAUGUGAUAAUCACAUUAACAAGACGGGAUGUCCGCACUAUGGAUCCUUGAUUGAUCAGGCUACUCUGAUUGGCACGAUGGGUCCAGAUCCCACUAUCUCUCGAAGUCAGUCUUAUGAUUAGCCGCACUCUUUCGCGGCGCUUCCUGACUCUGGAAGUUUUGGUGGCUGCGUAGAUCUGAACUUGAAUAUAUUACUCCCAACCUAAGCUAGAGCCGGGCAUCCACCUCGCGUAGAACAUCGGUAUCACAUAAGGAGAGGAGAAGUUUGAACAGGAGUCAAGCUCAAUUGUCAUUCAAGAAGUGAAAAAAGGUGAGUAAGAGAAGAUAGUCUAGCGAUACACAUCAAGAAUAGAUGUCAAAUCCAUAUACCUCAGGUGG